GUAGGGCGGGACUAAUUUAGGUUCCCGCCCAUAGACUUAGUUCUCAAUCAGGUCCGUUACAUUCCUAUAAAAAUACCGAGUGCGGCAGAACGCAGCACUCUUGGAUUCUUCUUCUUAUUGUUUGCGAUAUGUCUGGUCGCGGCAAAGGCGGGAAGGGCUUGGGCAAGGGCGGCGCCAAGCGCCACCGCAAGGUGCUGCGCGACAACAUCCAGGGCAUCACCAAGCCGGCCAUCCGCCGCCUGGCCCGGCGCGGCGGCGUCAAGCGCAUCUCCGGCCUCAUCUACGAGGAGACCCGCGGGGUGCUCCACGUGUUCCUGGAGAACGUGAUCCGGGACGCCGUCACCUACACCGAGCACGCCAAGCGCAAGACGGUCACGGCCAUGGACGUGGUGUACGCGCUCAAGCGCCAGGGCCGCACCCUCUACGGCUUCGGCGGCUGAGCGACCCCGUCCCGGCUGUUCUCGACCAAAGGCCCUUUUCAGGGCCGCCCACCUUCCAACAAAAGAGCUGUUACAGCCGCAAGAUGGCGCUUGGUUUCGUUUUCUGAUCCCCCUCCGGCGAACGCUGCCGGUCUGGUCCCUGG